AUGAAUGAACGCACAAGUUUUCAAGUCAGCAAGGGGUGGUUCGAAAACUUUAAGACGACACAUGGACUUCACAACAUGAAGAUUAUGGGGGAAUCAGCUUCAGCAAACCACGUAGCCACUGCCCAGUACCUGCCUGAGCUGAAGAAGCUGAUUGAGGAAAAGGGUUAUAAGCCAGAGCAGGUCUUUAAUGCCAAUGAAGAUGACUUUGUUCUGGAAAAGAAUGCCUUCCUGAAUCUUCCUAUCGAAGGAAGAGAGGUCUACUCUGGGCUUCAAGGCAGCAAAGGACAGGUCAGUGUGGUGGAGGAGCUCAAGUCCCAUGUGGAAGAACUGACUGAAGAGGGCCUGGAUGAGAUUGUCAAAUCUGCCUUGAGUGAUGAAAAAGACGAUGAGGAUGAAGAGGUAGUGGUACAGUCACAGCUAAAUCUUGCCAACCUUAACAAGAUCAUUCUAGCAGCCAAGACUCUCUCAGACCUGCUGAUAGCAGUACAGAACAGAAUUCAAGAUAAACGUGGAUAUGUUAUAAUUAUUAUCCAAGAUUCAUACGAUGCAAUUGUAGUAAACCUCAGGAAAGAGAAUGACCGGCAAACAGGGGGCUUGCUUCUGCCCCCGCGGAAAAAACAGAUUGCUGGGACUCCAAAGGCAUCAACAGCUUCAUCUGUCACAAUACACUACUCUGCUGGUUUUAGAGCAGCUGCCUGUAAUGCAUUAAGCCUUCCUCAGGUCUGUAAGGCACCUUUUUGGGUAUUCCUCUUGUGUGCAGUAGGACUCUUUCUGUACCAGUCCCUGGAUGCUAUUGAUGGGAAACAAGCCAGAAGAACAAAUAGUAGUUCCCCCUUAGGGGAGCUUUUUGACCAUGGUUGUGACUCUGUCUCCACAGUUUUUGUAGCCCUUGGAGCCUGCAUAGCAGUUCGACUAGGAACGAAUCCUGACUGGAUGUUUUUCUGUUGUUUUGUGGGAAUGUUCUUGUUUUAUUGUGCUCACUGGCAGACCUAUGUGUCGGGCAUGUUAAAGUUUGCAACAAUUGAUGUAACUGAAGUUCAGAUAGCAAUAAUAAUCCUCCUUCUGUUAUCUGCAUGUGGUGGAACAACUAUGUGGGACUCUAAGAUCCCUUGGGUAGAUCUAAGCCUGAAGACUCUCCCUGUUCUUGGAAUAGUGUGUGGAGCAAUAUAUUCCUCUUUCAAUUACUUUAGUGUCAUCUUUGGCGGAGGAGUUGGAAAGAAUGGAUCUACAAUAGCAGGAACUAGUGUUCUUUCACCAGGUCUCCACAUAGGAUUAAUUAUCACCUUGGCAAUUGUGAUCUAUAAAAAAUCUACAACUCAUUUGUUUGAAAACCACCCAUGCCUCUAUGUCUUAACAUUUGGAUUCGUGAGUGCUAAGAUCACACAAAAAUUAGUGGUGGCUCAUAUGACAAAAAGUGAAAUCUAUCUUCAGGACACUGCAUUCAUUGGGCCGGGGCUUCUGUUUUUGAACCAAUACUUCAACAGUUUUAUUGAUGAAUAUAUAGUUCUGUGGAUUGCACUGUUUAUAUCCUUGUUUGAUUUACUGAGAUAUGCCACUGGAGUGUGCAUGCAGAUUGCUGCUCACCUACACAUACAUGUCUUCAAGAUUUCAUCUCAUCAAGCACCUGAACAGGUUCAAAACCAUAGUGACUGACUAGUAGCAAAAGGAGAAGAGGAGAAGCAGUUAGGGGAAUAUUGAAUGAAGGAUAUAUCUUUUCAGGAGUACAGAUAACAAAACUUUUCAAGAAAACAGGCAAUGAAAAACUUGUUAAUUUGCUCAGAUAAUAUCAAAUGUGAUUAUUUAAAAACAUGAAGUCCUGCAGAUUCUACUUGUGAUUCUUAUUUUUGAAUUGGGAUAGAGUUCUAAAUAUAUUCUAGAGAAUGCAGUUGUUGGUUUUGAUCAUGAGCAUCUGAUCUGAAACUGACUUUCAAUUAUGUACAAGCUAUUCCUUAAUAGAUAGAUUAUUUUACUUUUGGUAUAUGGAUACAACUGCAAAGUUUAAGUACUAACUAACUAGAAUUCUUAGAGCUGUGUGAGUUCACAAAGGAAAAUGGCCAACAUUUUCUCCUUAAUUUUUCAGUUUCUAAGCUUUGGCAGAAUAUUGCUAUGAAUUUAGUCAAAGGCUUCCACAUAUAUAUAUAAAAAAAGGCAUAAAUUAUUUUGAAAUUAACUUUGGUAUAAACAGUUGUGCAGGUGCUUGCUGCUGCUGCUAAGAUGAUAUGGUGUUUGAAGUCAGUGGGAGAUCAGUAUCCCACAAGCCCAAGCUUUUAAUUAAAAAAAAAAAAUGCUACUAGAUUUAAAACUCCAGAAUGAUUUGAAAUGUUCUUUGGGAUACUGGAAACUGAGGAAGCCUAAAAAUCUAAACCCAAACAAGCUGAUGCUAUUGAACAUAUUUAUGUGUGUUCUGUAUUUCAAGAUCUGGUCUCUAGUUUUCAUUUACGAUAAUUUGUAGGUUUGCUUGUUGAUACUUAAUCAUUAAUUACAUGAUUUGCAGGCAGAAUUGAUCAUUUGACAUUUAAAUAGUAUUAAUAUUAAUGGGCUGUCUGUAUCAGUCUGUAAAAUUGAAAAUGCAAAACUGAAGGUUAAGUGAGAAGACUGAACAUUGGCCCAUAAGCUUAGAGAUCUGAUCAAGAUCCUUUUUCACUUUGAACAUGAUAGUGCAAUAUGAAUGUGUCAUUUCCUUUGAAAUAUAUUCACCACAGAUCUUAUUUUAGCUCAGUGGUAAAACAGCUUGUCUGCAGCUAUAUUUCAAAAUGAAUAUAUUAUCUAAUAGCCAAGUAUACAUUAUACCAGGAAUCUAAUCUAACUUGUUACCACACUGAGCCUCAACAGAUUUGUUUCCAAAUACUGGAUAGAAUUUCCUAAGUAAAUAUAUUGUCAAACACUGUCCAACAUCAAAGAUAAUACAAAAGCUAUGUGAAAAAGAGUGAGACAAGUCAGAAUAUGAAACAAAUUGGCAAAGAGAUUUGUUCUAUAAAAUAUCUAUCAUGUGUCUUCUAAUGAUCUAGCCUUAUCUUUGCCAAUCUACAAGUGAGCAUAAAAAAGCAACAAUAGCAAAAAAAACAACAAACCCCCCCCCCCCCCCCCCCCAAAACACUAGCGACAAAAGCUAUUGUUCACUGAGCAUUUACAUCAUACCAGACUUGUAGUUAAGGAAACAGGAUAAAGGCCUAAUAGCCUUUUAAAAUAUAACCUUAAGUACUUUUCACAACAGGAAUCUGUUUCUGUAGAAAUGGAAUAAUGAAGCUCUUGAAGAUGAGCUUUCUUCAACAUGUUCAAUUGACAAAUGAAAGUUGACAUUUUUCCAAACAACUGCCUUGCAUAUGCAGGGAUCUGGUAAACUUGAAAGAGACUCAACUUUGGGAGAAUGAGUUUUUCCAUAUCUCCAUUGGGAGAAAAUCCUGCAUGAAAAGAGGCUGUCUGACCUGAAGCUGUACUGAUGCCAGAAAAAUGGAAUUGAAUUAACUUUUUUCUUGCUGCACUAAUCUGAUGAUUGUUUUGAUCUCCUGGCUAUGGCAUAAAAAUUCACCUACCUCUGAAUAAAUCCUCUUUAUUUUCCCAGUAAACUGGACAAAAUUUACAUGAAUAUUCAGUUCACUUGCGCAAUUAUAUAAAGUAAAAUUUAUUAAUGACAUCAGUUUUAGCAGUUAGGUUUGUUUUCAGUGAAAUUCUUUAGUGUGUCUAAAUACUGUUAGUGAGAGAACUACUUAAAGAGAAGGCCCAGUGAUAUUUUCAGAUUAAGCAGGUUCCUCACCUGUACUUCCUGUGUAAAAGAAGUGCUUUUUCAUUUCAAUUUAAUAGAAAAUGUUGAGUAAACUUUACAUCAUUACCUCUUGAUCCUUAAGAGACAGUUUAGAGUUUGUCAUAACUAAAAUUUUUAAUUACGUGUAAUUAUGUUAAAUCAAGAACAAUUGCUUAGAAGCCGCCAAAGAUCCACACAGUUGAAGUAUGUCAUGCUAACCUGAGCCAUUGCUGAAGCGCCCUGAAUUCUUAUUUCACUAAUUCUGAGCCCCAGUAAUUAUGGAAGGGUGGCUGUUAAUUGCAAACAAGCAGUUGAGUGCUCUCUAAAUAGGCCAUCAGAAAUUGCUGCUCUAGAGAACUAAUGUUGCUCCUCUACUCUAUCCCAGUUUUAAAUGGGGACUGAAUUGUUCUGGCAUCAUCAACAGCUGGCCUAGACCUCCCUAUCCAGAAAAUAGCACGACACUAGCACUCUGAAAAAUCACUGGUUCCAUAAUCCAGGGAGUAGUCAAAAACUGGGGAAAUUGUCUCCAGAUGACCUAGUUCCAUCAUGUAAAUGCUAAUCAAGGGACAAAUUAAAUUGUAGAGAAUCUGUAUGGACUGGUUUUGGAAUACUUUGCAUUUUUAAAAAUCUUCAUUUUUCAGGGCAUUCUAGAAAAACUAGGUAUGUUACUCCUCCUCUCCUUAUUUGUAUAUUACUACAGAAUCGAAACUUUAGCUUUGAUAACAUGAGAACAUUAAUUCCUUGGUAAAAAUGGCUGUUGCCUGCUUAAUGCCAUUAAUUAAAAUAUUUUGGGUUUUUUCUAAGUUGUAUGUGCAUAAACAAUUUUUUCUGUGAUGACAAAAAUCUGUAUUAUGUAAUAUACACAAUAUAAAGAAUUUCUUCUAAAACCAUAAGCCUUUAUUAAACUGCUAAUUCUUUCAAACAGCAAAGACUAACACUUGAACUACUGUUCUGGAUGCAGGAACCUGAUUUGGGAUAUCUUUGGGAUAUUUUUUAUUGGUACACAAGAAUUCACAGUACAUGUUCCAACUUUUAAAUGUGUGGUAUUUAUUGAAUUGCUGCAUAUCUGUUGUUAAUUAUAAAAUGAUGUUUAUUUAAACUAAUUACAUUAGUUACUCUGUAAAGCUGGAAUACCUUUUUUAAAUUCAAGUAACAUGCUUUGACAAAUUUGUUCUUGUAGCAUGGUAAAGUUUACAAUAAGGUUCCUAAUGUUUAAUAAAACCACAUCCUGGAAUGGAAGAAAACUAAAUAAAACUUACUUACAGCAGCAA